UCGUGCGAUCCGACUCAUUGUCACGGACUUAGGUCGACAUUUGGCAUUUAAAACAUCAGUUUAAUCAGGGACGAUACUUUGUAUUUUUUCCGUUUAAUUAAAUUGCUGCCUACGAUACAACGUAAAGAAAACCAGAACGAGUAUUUUUUUUAACUACGCGACUUGCCGUAGAUUGUCUGCCGUCAUCAGUUCUACAUCCUGCUGUCCUGUUUGUAGCAAACUAGCAAACAGUUAGCUAGCUGAGUGCCGCUGCUUUGUUCCGCGGUUAGUGCUCACAAAUUACAUGUGGAGGUAGUGUUCCCUUUAAAACGUCCUGUUUUGUGUUUUUGUGUAGUGUCAUACGCUUUGAAGAAUAGGCCCCGCCCACCCGCAGAGGUAAACAAAGUACAUCUCGGCUGGCACAGAGCAGCCAUCGUCGCCCUGCUCGUGUGGUCGCUUGUAAAUGGAAAUAAGUAUUAUUUCGCCAUGAACUGUCGCUCGGAAGUUCUCGAGGUAACAGUGGAGUCGAGGCAGGUGGAAGAAGCUAUGCUGGCUUUGCUGCACACCAUUUUACUGCACCGCAGCACCGGGAAAUUUCACUACAAAAAGGAGGGCACCUACUCCAUCGGUACAGUGGGCACACUGGACUUCGACUGCGAUUACAUCGACUUCACAUUUGCCAGGGUGUCCUCAGAGGAGCUGGACAGGGUGAUCAGGAAGGCUGUGUCAGAAUUCAAGGAUGCUUUGAGCAACUCUGGCAGCGAUGGCAUGGGCCAAAUCUCUCUGGAGUUCUACCAGAAGAAAAAGUCCCGCUGGCCUUUUUCUGACGAGUGUAUUCCCUGGGAGGUGUGGAGCAUCAAGGUCAACGUUGUCAACCUCGCCAAUGAGCAGGAGAGACAGAUCUGCAGGGAGAAAGUGGGUGAGAAGCUGGGUGAGAAGGUGAUCAACGUGGUUGAGGUCAUAAAUCGCCACGAAUACUUGCCAAAGAUGCCCACCCAGUCUGAAGUGGACAAUGUUUUUGACACCAGUCUUAAAGAUGUCCAGCCGUACCUUUACAAAAUUACAUACCAGAUCACUGACUCUCUGGGCACCUCUGUAAGCACCACAAUGAGGAGGCUCAUUAAAGACACGCUGGCCCUGUGAGGAUGCUCCAACACUGAGAGAAGAAAGAUAUGGAUGAUUUAAAUCCUCACGGAUAAUAUAGCCAUGUCUGACUUUUCCUGUCAUGCUUCAACAUAUGGUUAGUCAGCUCUACUCCUGCUACAGUGAAAGAGUGUCAGUGUAAUCACCCUUCUGACGUCUUUGCCAUGUUUCCCGUAUUGAUUGUACCUCAAGUUUCCUAAUUCUGUAAUGUCUAUUUCAAAGUUAUUUUGUUUUUGCAAACUUUUUUUUCUUCCCAAAUUGUCUUUACCUGCAACCAUCUAGAAAUUCAACUUUAGCACACUGACUAACAUAAAAUCAGAUCAAUACUUUAAAGAGUUGUGUUGUUGAUAAUGUUUAAUCUGUAAAUUAUUGUUUGACAAUAAAUGUUGAUCAUAACGCUGAAAA